UAGGAUUCCUUUCAAUUGCAACCACCCUUAAUCCAUUUAAGGGUUUAUUUCUUCAUAGCAAACUUCUUUCCAGAGGGCACAGAGUUAGAACAGAUGACUUUCUGCCUGGAACAAAGGCAUAGCAUCUCAUCACAGGAAAGUAAGAUUUAAUUGACAGGAUUUUAAUGUAUACCCACCUUUAUGAUCUAGCUGGUAUAUGAUUUAGGUAUACUGGUCUCUAUAACUGGAGAGCCAUAGGUACAUGCUUCCCUGAGAUAUGUUGUGAUUUUUUAGGUCAAGUAUCAUGAUAGUAUUUGAGAAUAUGUGGGCUUAUAUGGAAGCAUCCUAGGGCUCAUACCAUCACUACUUUGAUAUUUUGUCUUACCUCUGCCCUUCUCAGGGAAGAAAGGAUGUUUAUGGUAUAGUUUUGAUUUCAGGCAUUUUCUCUCUGGGUGCCUUCUCCCCAUUGAGAAGCACCAUAGGCAAGCUCCACUUCUGCUUAUGAUUUUAGGAGUGGGUGGAUGGAUUCCACAGAAGGGAGAUUUUGAUUCAUAAUUUUGCUAUUAGCCUGGUCACUCACCUGUUUGGUUUUAUAGGUCAUCCGUUUAGAAAUUAGAAAUAGAUGAGAUCUAACUUUAAAUAUGUCUGGGGCUGUGGAAGUGGGUAGAGAGCAAAAGGCACAGUAAACAUUUUCAGUCUCCUGUUAAAUAGGCUGUGAAACCCUUAAAGAGAUGUGAGAAAAAAGACUGCAAAAGGUCAUUGGAGUAAAAGAUUAUUUGCAUUAAAAAUUUCCUCUUGGUAUGGGAAUUUGGAAAUGACCUGUUUGGGAAUUUGAUUUUGCAAACAUGCAGUUUAGGUCUUUACACGGCUAGAUAAAAAUCCAUACUCUUUCAGGGGAAGUUCUGGUUGUAGUCCUUUAACACCAACUGCUUGUUUUUCUGCUCUGUGCCUGUUUUUUUUCUCACUAUGCAUCCUUUGCUCAGGUGUGUCCUUCCUUUUAUUUGGCAUGCUUCCACUUACCUCCUCUCUUUUCCCUUCUCCCCUCCUAGAUAGACUUGGGUGCCCAUUUCUUGGCUCCCAUAGUACCCCAGGAACAACCUUGUCACCACACUUUAAAGCUGAUGACCUGUUUUCUUAGGACUAGUCUGGGUUCCUUCAGAAAGCCCUUGGGCUUUGGGGUACUGGUUGUUAGAGCUAACAUACAUGAUGUAGUGUCUGCACCUAAAUAGGCCUCCUUAAAUGUUCGUGUGGCUGUGGGGGAGCUGGGGUGGACACAGGACUGGAAGAGUUGAGCUUUAAUUGUAACUUUUUGCUGUAUGAUCUUGGACAAGUGAUUUAAGUUUCCUGAGCUUCAGUUUCCUUUUAAGUAAGAUGAGGGGACUGGUCCACCUAGGGAUCUUGUUCAAAUGCCGAUUCUGGCUCAGUGGGUCUCUGGUGGUUUCUGAUGUUUUGCAUUAACAAGCUCUCAGGAAGAACCGGUGCUGCUAGGCCAUGAACUACAAAGGACCAGAUAACAUGUAAUGGUUCUUCCAGCUUUUACCUAUUGUGAUUUUAGUCAUUGUUUUAAAUUCUGAGCAAAAUUACAAAAGAUGCUGUAGUUAUUAAAUCUCUCUCCAGUUUAUUAGAAUGCUGCACACUGACAAUGUUGUGCCUUAUGAAGUUUCCAAUGUAUGAUAAUGUCACUAAAAUUGAAAGUAAUUUUAUUGCUCCUAAGAUUUUGACUUAGGUUAAAAAUAUCAAGUGUCUGGGAAAGCAUUUGAGUUAGCACUAGCCUGUCAUCUGAAAGUCAGAAUUACUCGUGAAGGCUUUAUGCUAAUGAGGGAGCUGGGAUGUGAUCUCAUGAGUAUAAAUACAGAGACAGGCAAGCUGUUGAUGAAUUCAUCAUCAGAGGAGUUCCCGAUCAUUUCCUUCAGUUCUCCAGAAGCUUCCAAGAAAAGACUUACAGCAAGAUGAAUAAUCCAGCUAUCAAGAGACUAGGAAAUCACAUUAUCAAAUCUCCUGAAGACAAGCGAGAAUACCGUGGAUUAGAGCUGGCCAAUGGUAUCAAAGUACUUCUUAUCAGUGAUCCAACCACGGAUAAGUCAUCGGCAGCACUUGAUGUACACAUAGGUUCAUUGUCAGAUCCUCCAAAUAUUGCUGGCUUAAGUCAUUUUUGUGAACAUAUGCUAUUUUUGGGAACAAAGAAAUACCCUAAAGAAAAUGAAUACAGCCAGUUUCUUAGUGAGCAUGCAGGAAGUUCAAAUGCCUUUACUAGUGGAGAACAUACCAAUUACUAUUUUGAUGUUUCCCAUGAACAUCUAGAAGGUGCCCUAGACAGGUUUGCACAGUUUUUCCUGUGCCCCUUGUUUGAUGAGAGUUGCAAAGACAGAGAGGUGAAUGCAGUUGAUUCAGAACAUGAGAAGAAUGUGAUGAACGAUGCCUGGAGACUCUUUCAGUUGGAAAAAGCUACGGGGAAUCCCAAACACCCCUUCAGCAAAUUUGGGACAGGAAACAAAUAUACCUUGGAGACUAGACCAAACCAAGAAGGCAUUGAUGUAAGGCAAGAACUACUGAAAUUCCAUUCUACUUAUUAUUCAUCAAACUUGAUGGCAAUUUGUGUGUUAGGUCGAGAAUCUUUAGACGACCUGACUAAUCUGGUGGUGAAGUUAUUUUCUGAAGUAGAGAACAAAAAUGUCCCAUUGCCAGAAUUUCCUGAACACCCUUUCCAAGAAGAACAUCUUAAACAACUUUACAAAAUAGUACCCAUUAAGGAUAUUAGGAAUCUUUAUGUGACAUUUCCCAUACCUGACCUUCAGAAAUACUACAAGUCAAAUCCUGGCCAUUAUCUUGGUCAUCUCAUUGGGCAUGAAGGUCCUGGAAGUCUGUUAUCAGAACUUAAAUCAAAGGGCUGGGUAAAUACUCUUGUUGGUGGGCAAAAGGAAGGAGCCCGAGGUUUUAUGUUUUUUAUCAUUAAUGUGGACUUGACUGAGGAAGGAUUAUUACAUGUUGAAGAUAUAAUUUUGCACAUGUUUCAAUACAUUCAGAAGUUACGUGCAGAAGGACCUCAAGAAUGGGUUUUCCAAGAGUGCAAGGACUUGAAUGCUGUUGCAUUCCGGUUUAAAGAUAAAGAGAGGCCACGGGGCUAUACCUCUAAGAUUGCAGGAAUAUUGCAUUAUUAUCCCUUAGAAGAAGUGCUUACAGCUGAAUAUUUACUGGAAGAAUUUAGACCUGACUUAAUAGAGAUGGUUCUUGAUAAGCUCAGACCAGAAAAUGUCCGGGUUGCGAUAGUUUCCAAGUCUUUUGAAGGAAAAACUGAUCGCACGGAAGAGUGGUAUGGAACCCAGUACAAGCAAGAAGCUGUACCAGACGAAGUCAUUAAGAAAUGGCAAAAUGCUGACCUGAAUGGAAAAUUUAAACUUCCAACGAAGAAUGAAUUUAUUCCUACGAAUUUUGAGAUUUUAUCAUUAGAAAAAGAAGCAACACCAUACCCUUCUCUUAUUAAGGAUACAGCUAUGAGCAAACUCUGGUUCAAACAAGAUGAUAAGUUUUUCUUGCCAAAGGCUUGUCUCAACUUUGAAUUCUUCAGCCCAUUUGCUUAUGUGGACCCCUUGCACUGUAACAUGGCCUAUUUGUACCUUGAGCUCCUCAAAGACUCCCUCAACGAGUAUGCAUAUGCAGCAGAGCUAGCAGGCUUGAGCUAUGACCUCCAAAAUACCAUCUAUGGGAUGUAUCUCUCGGUGAAAGGUUACAAUGACAAGCAGCCGAUUUUGCUAAAGAAGAUUAUUGAGAAAAUGGCUACCUUUGAGAUUGAUGAAAAAAGAUUUGAAAUUAUCAAAGAGGCGUACAUGCGAUCUCUUAACAAUUUCCGAGCUGAGCAGCCUCACCAGCAUGCCAUGUACUACCUCCGCUUGCUGAUGACUGAAGUGGCCUGGACUAAAGAUGAAUUAAAAGAAGCCCUGGAUGAUGUCACCCUUCCUCGCCUUAAGGCCUUCAUACCUCAGCUCCUGUCACGGCUGCACAUUGAAGCCCUUCUCCAUGGAAACAUAACAAAGCAGGCUGCACUAGGAAUCAUGCAGAUGGUUGAAGACACCCUUAUUGAACAUGCUCAUACGAAACCUCUCCUUCCAAGUCAGCUGGUUCGGUAUAGAGAAGUUCAGCUUCCUGACAGAGGAUGGUUUGUGUAUCAGCAGAGGAAUGAAGUUCACAAUAACUGUGGCAUCGAGAUAUACUAUCAGACAGACAUGCAGAGCACCUCAGAGAAUAUGUUUCUAGAGCUCUUCUGUCAGAUCAUCUCUGAGCCUUGUUUCAACACCCUGCGCACCAAGGAGCAGCUGGGCUAUAUCGUCUUCAGCGGGCCUCGUCGAGCCAACGGCAUACAGGGCUUACGAUUCAUCAUCCAGUCAGAAAAGCCUCCUCACUACCUAGAAAGCCGAGUGGAAGCUUUCUUAAUCACCAUGGAGAAGUCCAUAGAGGACAUGACAGAAGAGGCUUUUCAAAAACACAUUCAAGCAUUAGCAAUUCGUCGACUAGACAAACCAAAGAAACUGUCCGCAGAGUGUGCUAAAUAUUGGGGGGAAAUCAUCUCCCAGCAAUACAAUUUCGACAGAGAUAACACAGAAGUUGCAUAUUUAAAGACACUUACCAAGGAAGAUAUCAUCAAAUUCUACAAGGAAAUGUUGGCAGUAGAUGCCCCAAGGAGACAUAAAGUAUCCGUCCAUGUUCUUGCCAGGGAAAUGGAUUCCUGUCCUGUCGUUGGAGAGUUCCCAUGUCAAAAUGAUAUAAAUUUGUCACAAGCACCAGCCUUGCCACAACCUGAAGUGAUUCAGAACAUGACUGAGUUCAAGCGUGGUUUGCCACUGUUUCCCCUUGUGAAACCACAUAUUAACUUCAUGGCUGCAAAACUCUGAAGAUUCCCCAAGGGUGGGAGAGUGCAAGUGGAUGCAUCCCUGGGUCUUCCUGGGGCCAGGGAAACAACCUUGGCCACUUUCAUAGUUUCUGGUUCACUAUCAGACAGACAAACAGAAAAAAAAGAUGUUGUCAAAUGUCAUUAUGUAGAAUAUUAAAAAUCCAAAGUAAUUAAAUGACAGAAUCUUAUAGAUGUAGAAUAUUUUUUAAAUACAUGCCUCUUAAAUAUUUUAAAAUUUUUCUUUUCAUUACUGAGAGAAAUUUCCCUUAUAUAACAGUACUUAAAAUGAUGAAUGAUAUUCCUAUAGAAUCUUCCUUCCAUAUUCUGUAAAAUAGUCACUUGUCAGAAGAAAAUAUGUUAGUUUUUGGUUGUGUUUUUCUAAAAGCCUCCUAGGUUGACAGAAAAGGCUUUAAAACCUUUAGAAAGGUAAUACCUUUUUAAAAACUGAUUCUCAAAUUUGCUUUCUACUUGGUGGUUUCAUGUAAAUCAAUGGAGAACAUUAACAUUUGGCAGAUAAUGAAAAAAGCAAAAUGAUUUUCUUUUAUUAGUGAAAUUGCUGAUUAUAUAAGGCAUGGUUUUAAUCUUUUUAUAAAAUUUGAACAUGUUUUUUAUUCAAACUAGUAAAAUGCUGGAAAACCCUAGAACGCCCUACUUAUUUACAAUGCUAGAAAUAGACUUACCCUACAUCAGUUUUGUCCCAAACGGAAUUUCUCAGGAUUACUGUGAUUUGUUUCUUUCUGAUUGAAUUAUAUUGACAUUCUUGUUCAUAGUCGGUUUGCAGUGUUCCCUCAGUUUUACCUUUUCCCCUCAACAACAUUUGUUGUAUUUAUUUAAUACAUAGGGUCAACUUCAGAUCCCACUGAGUGUGUGACAUGCUUUUCCAACAUCAGCUACUCUAAACACUUGUAACUUUUUACUACCAUGAUAUUGCAAUCAGUAUAUGAACUAAAAUAUUUGCCCUAUUAUGAAUUUAAAAGACAAGUACCAAGCCACCUUUUUGAAGGUAUUAAAAAUAAAGCCUUGAUUCUUAAAUAGUGUGAUCUCCAGAAGACUCUCAAAUCCCUUUUUGCUACCAGUCUAAUAUUGCCUUAAGUGUUAAGUUAUUUUUUGAAUAUAUAAAUAUAAACAUAACAAACACAGAUAACGACUGGAGUGGACUUUUAAAAAAUAUUUUUUUCAUGAGAUACUAUUUUAGAUGAAAUUGUUACUGUAGAUUUAACAGCUGUUUUGAAAUAUUUACUGUUGUUAAAAGUUGCUUCAAGAGAAAUUGUGAAUAUACUUCCACAUACAGGCACUGGUACCCCGUAAGUGGCCCUGUUCACUAACUCAGGCAAAGUAAAGAAUGGCAUUUUCAAAUGACAUUUUACCUCGCUAGGAGUUGAUUUGCCAGGACUUUUUUCUGUAGAGUCAUGUCUUACAACAUCUUAAGUUUUCACUUUUGCCAUUUUCCAAAUAAUCUACAUUUGGGGCAAGAAUGAUAUAAUCACAACUGUGGAGGCUGCUUUCAAAAGCAGGGCUCCAUUUCUACUGUCAGAUAAAUGUGGUGCUGUAACUGUCUUUUUAUCCCUACCUUCAGGAGCUUCCUUGUGAUGAAGCCUGUCUUUGUCCAUCAGAAGGUGCGUGAGUCAUCGCUUCCUUCUGGUUUUAUGCAUUUGUAGACUAUGCAGCUUUUCAUCAAACUGCAAAAAUAAACAAGAGGGAUCUACAAUUAGCCCUGAGUGUUUAAAUCCACCACUGUAAGAGUAAAUAAGCCACCUACCUUCUCUGUGGGAAAUUAUGUGCUAUUGAGUAAUUUUUAGCUCUUUUUUAAAAAAUGGGUGAAAUGUAACUGUCAUUUUUAUGAGAAAGUCACAUGAAGAAAUCUGAACAGAAUCUCAUGUAGUCUUCCAGGAACCUAUGAUUGGGGUUCAGUGUGUUCCGGCAUUGUCUGGUGUCCAAAUUGGAUCUAGAGCUACUGUUGGAUCACUCAGGCAUACUAAUGGAUUCACUGAAAUGGGUCCAGGCUGCAAUCCAUGAGCAGUAACAGACUACCCCGGAUACUGCGUUUUCUCAGUGCCUAGCAAAUGAGAUUUGUGGAAAACAAACUAAGUUAUUAGUUACUUGUGACUUUAAAAAAAAAAAAGUCUUCUUUUCAACUAGUUGAUGUGGAAGAGAGAGCAUGUGACACAGCCAGUAUGGUGGAGUGCUAGGGUAAUCCUGUUUACAAUAAAUUGCCUGAAUUGAA